AACACACGGAAGAAUCGGAAAAUCGGAAAAUAUUCCUGGAUGUUUCUCUCGAGACGGCGGCGGCUCUGCUGUGCAUUCGUUCGGUCGGGCCAUGCAAAAUGAAGGUGUAUCCAGUGAAACGGUGAAAACGCCAGUGCCUCUGUACGACGCAGCUUUUAUUUUUUCCGCUUUUUGUGCUCGCAUUUUUGCUCGGGCCUCCCCGCUAUCCGCCGUCGUUUCAUCCGGUCGUCCGGGUUUCUCUUUAUGUUUGUGCGUUCCGUGGCCGCCGCCGGGAGUUUAUCUGUGAUACCUAGGAAGUUUGUGCACGCAUCGGAAUUGGGUUUAGUGCUGCUGGUGCGAUCGGAAUCCACGCGCUUUCCUCGACCGUCGUUAUUUCGAUUCUCCGGACUGCAGGUCAGGUGCACCGAUCGAUACCUCUGCCGGAGAUCUCGACCGAGUUAAGCCAGCCAGUUCUAGUGAGCAAGCCAGAGGAAAGAAAACAUAAGCAGCAUCACCCUAACGCGGAGAAACGCCUAGUUCUCGGCCACCCCUUUUUCCCCGGAGUAGGGACGGCCAACGGGGUGCGGAAAGAAAAUAUUUUUGGGAAUCACCAGUGAUCUUUCCCGCAUUCGACGGUAGCAGCAGCAAUAGCAGCAGGAGCAACAGAAUCGUGCGACCAAACGGCCUUUGAGUGAAGGAGAAUUUUUCGGUUUUUCUCUUCCCGUGGUUGGAUUGCAAUGGAUACUUCAUCAAUUACCGUACAGGCACAGUACUCAUUUAAAGGAUCUAACAAUGAUGAGCUGUGCUUUAAGAAGGGAGAUAUCAUCACAUUAACACAGCGCGAAGAAGGUGGUUGGUGGGAAGGCACGCUGGGCGAUAAAACAGGAUGGUUCCCGAGCAACUACGUAAAGGAUUAUGCUGGUCCUCUUCCGUUAUCCGAAACGAUACGUCCACCGGAAGAGAUUCAAGCCUUCCGAUCCGUCGUAUUCCGUGAUUUGCUGGAAAGUGAGAAAGCACACGUGGCCGAACUGCGAGGGCUGGUAGAAAAUUUUCUCGAACCCUUGGAAACAAGCCAAAUCCUAUCCGCCAAUGAGUACACACAAUUGAUGUGUAAUUUUCUGGAGGUGGUCGAAAUGCACGAAGAGUUCCUCCAAACACUCGAAGAAUCCAAUGAUCGGGUGGGAAAGAUGUUUCUCUCCAAAGCGCCAACGAUGAAAAAAGUUCAUCAGUCCUAUUGUGCCGCACAUCCACGUGCCAUCGUGAUAGUUGAUAAGUUUCGUGAGGAAUUGAAUGUGUUCAUGGAGAAGCAGGGUGCUGCAAAGCCAGGCUUGCUGGUGCUAACGACAGGCCUUUCGAAACCGUUUCGGAGAGUGGACAAAUAUGCGGCAAUACUGCAGGAGCUCGAGCGUCAUAUGGAAAGUGGUCACCCCGAUCGUGGCGAUACACAGCGUAGCAUUGCCGUGUACAAGGACAUCGCAUCAUCGUGCUCCGCUACACGACGGCAGAAAGAGUUAGAACUACAGAUUCUGACUGGACCGGUACGCGGGUGGCAGGGUGCCGAACUGAGCACGCUCGGCGAUAUUAUACACAUGGGUAGCGUGGCCGUAGGACCGGAACACAAAGACCGCUACUUGGUACUUUUCCCACAAACGCUGCUCAUACUAAGCGUUAGCCAGCGCAUGAGCGCUUUCAAGUAUGAAGGGAAGCUUCCGCUAACCGGCAUCAAUGUCACCCGGUUGGAAGAUACGGACUUGAUAAAGAAUGCAUUUGAAAUUAGUGGAACACUGAUCGAUCGUAUCGUAGCCGUGUGCCAAGGUCCAAACGAAGCGAACCGCUGGGUCGAACUACUCGAUUCUAAAUCUGGAGGAGUAGCAGAUCAGCAGCAGCAACAGCAGGUGGAUUUGAAACGUAAUGUCAGUAGCUCAGCCGUCAAUAUUCCGCAACCGCCACCACAUAUGUCGCCUCCAUCGGGCAGCACCGGAAACAGUCACCCGUCUCGAAGCGGAUCAUCCAGCAUCGCCCAGCACAUGUCGCAACACAAACGCAGCCAAUCGUUCAACCAUCAUCUCAGCUACAAUCAGCUGCAACAGCAACAGCAGCAACAGCAACACAUCCAGCAACAGCAACUAAAGCAACAUCCACCGAAUCAAAGUCUGUUACCUUCCCUGAACUCCUCGAACAUAAACCGACCCGAAGCAAACCUGGUACCAGCGGUGGCGGGAAAUCAAAAAAGUUUUUCGGAAAAAGCUAACUGGAACAUCACAAACCUAAGACCUUCGUCGCCCUUGCGUCCGGCGCUACUGAGCAUGGUCGCUACUGGUAGCGGUGCCGGUAGCGGCGGAGGACGUAGUGCAACCGUGAGCAUCACUGGAAGCAUCGGUGGUGCCGUAGCUGGUAGCUGCGUUGGUGGCGGAAGCAACAGUACCGGAAGCGGUGGAUCCUUCAACCACACUGAUAGUGCGCACCACAGCAUGUCUUUUAGUCCGUCGAGCUCAAAAGUGUCUCCUACCUACGAAGAGGACGCUUUGGUUCUGCGUGUCAUAGAGGCGUACUGUGCCGCCUAUCAGAGCACUUCCCGCAACACAAUGCAUGCAGCACUGUUACCAUGGACACCUUGUUUGCCGAUACGCGGUGGAAAGCUGAAAACGAGCAAACACUUUUCCUCGUCCAACCCGCAGCUACCCUUCACUUGCUCGUCGCUGUCGUCCUAUCUGCCGACUGGCGGUGGUGGCGGCAUCAAGAACAGUCGCACGCACACGUCGACCAACAGCAUCAAUUCAUCGCACAUUUGGCGAGAGGCAAAUCCGAACAGUUUCAAUCUCUAUGCGGCUUCCAUAGCAACGCUUAACAGCGGUCAACAGCAGUUUCAGCAACAGCAUCAUCAGCAGCAACAAAAACAAAAGCGUGCCCGAUAUUCGAUCGGUGGCUACGGGAGCACCGAGUGGCGCUCAAAUUCGGAAGAGUCAAACCGAGGUGGACCGCGAGCGGGAAACACCGCGAAAACGGCAGUACCGUCCACUUCGGCGUUUCAUAAUCCAAUUGCGCGGUCCGGUUCGAAUUAUGAUAACAUUUUCAUGAAUGCAAACACCAACACACCAUUGCUGUCGCGCGUUUCCAAGCAACAGACUGUGUGGACGAAUGCGAAUGCAGGAUCUCAUCUGCAUCACCAUCACCAUCACCAUCAGCAACAUCAACCACGUUACCGUACGACCAGCAGGGAACCGGAUGUGCUCUUACCAGAAAGGGAUACUAGUCCACCUCCACCAGCCCCAGAAGGAGGCUACAUUGGCGGCGGUUUUAUGGGGAUUGGUCGCAGUAGUGCUGCUAGCGCUAUUGGUUCUCAAUCAAACGCAUCGUCUCUCUACGACAGGCGGCUAAAUCGUUCGUUUGAAACAGCACAGGGGUUAAAUAGGAACUCAAAAAUAUCCCAAUUACGCCGUUCCACACCGCAGCUGAACGGUGUUGAUGAGACACGUACGAGGAAUGGUCAUGGCGUGGAUCAUGACGAUGAUACGGCAGUACUCGCCGGUAGAGGUGGGCUCGAGGAGGACAAUUUGCGUGAUGACAUGUCCCGAAACUCGGUCUCGUGUUGCAAUAAGUUGUGGAUGUUCUAUUGGCAACAGCAUCGAUAGGGUCGCCGGGAUCCGUAGAUCCACAGUAGAGAUGCCUUUUACAUCGAAUACAUACAAUAAUAGUGUAGUUUCUUCUGUUCGGAGACAACGAAUUAUUUGUGAAUGCGUUCAAAACGCACCCGCCAAGUUUUGCUACCAUUUUUUACCUCCCAAACUAUUAGCCUUAACAGAAUCGCUUUAGUUUCCCUCUUCCCUAGUGAUGAGUGCUGUCACUAUAAAACCAAAGAAGAAAGCCAUGCUUUACUCUAACAACCCCCCAAAAAAACUCAGCUAUUUAAUGUAGUGCCCUACCUUUUCGUGUGCUCGCGCGCUCGUCUAUUUGUGUGUAUGUGUGUCUACGCGCGCGUGUGUGUGUUGAAAAGGUCUUUUGGAUCCUGUGCUAGCAUAGCUAACACAGUAAUCCGUAACAAGUGCUUAGUAUAACUUUCUUACCAGCUGUUUGUAAAGACUAAACUAUUUAGCAACGUACUGAUAUUAUAUAUCCACGUAUAUUGUACGAUCUGAUGUGGUACAGCAACCGAUAUUUUCAAUUCUAUUCUCAUAUGCGUGAUGUC